AGUUCCAUACCCGCCCCGGCGGUCCCAAUGGAGGCCAGCCUGUGCAGGGCCUGGAAUGUCUGCUUCCGCAACUUCAGUGCAGAGGGCCUACACCCCCUGCAGCACCUGAGCAGCCUCCAGGGGCUGUGCUGGAACUGGCUGCGCCCUGACCUGCGCUCCAAGGAGCAGAUCCUGGACCAGCUGGUGCUGGAGCAGUUUCUCAUCUCCAGCACCCCCGAGCUGCAGGCCCUGGUGCUGAAGGUUGGGGUGCAGACGUGUGCCGAGCUUGAGCACCUGCUGAGGAACCUGGAGGCACCCCGAGACCACAGUGCACCCCAGAAGUGGAGGGUGAUCACCAUCGACCAACAGCAGUAUCUUCUGCGAAACCUGGACAGGACCCCAGUGAAAGUCAACUGCGUGGAUGCUCUGCUCGACUUGUCCAUGAAUCCCCAGGUCUUCCUGAGCCCCAGUCCUCAAGGAAACAGCCCCCAUAUCUCUCUCGAGGAGCAGAGGCUUCAAGCAAAGGAAGACACCUCAUGGGUGCAGACCAUCCUGCAUGAUUCAGAAAUGACACAUCCCAUGGAAAAUCAGGCUGCAGAGGCCAUGGAGAUUACCCCAGUGGGGGCCAGCAGCCUGGAUGGUAAAAUGGACUUGACCAUGGGUGCCCAGGCCUCCCUGAGCCAUGAACCUCAGGAGAUGGGUCCCCAAGGCUGCCCAGAGCAGCAGAAAGUUGAGGAAGACAAGUACAUGACAAGAGAACAGGAACACGAUGUUAUCCUGAUAGGGGUUGCUUCAGAAAACAAGGAUGGGAGAGCCCCCCAGAAGCUGGAACCUGAGCUGAGUGGGGACAAAGAAGAGCCAGCAGGAGAGGCAUGUCUGAAGCCUCAGCCUCCACAGAGCGAGUCAUCAGACAACAAUCUCAUCCAAGGAGAAGCUGAUGCCACCGCAGAAGAGGGGCCGCAGAGCCCCGCCCAUCAGGAUGCAGAGGGAGAGGUCAAGGACAGGCCCAGGGCUGAGGAAGGAUCCCACGACCUGGUGAAGAGGUUCUCUCUGCGGCCAUGGUGCGCCCCCGCGAGGCUGCUCUGGGAAGGGCAAACAGGUACUCAGGCACAGGCAGAAGGUGCACAGGCAGCCACAGGUGCACAGGCAGCCGCAGGUGCUCAGACAGGAGCAAGUGAUAAGGUAGGAGCAGGUGCUCAGAGACGAGCAGAUGCUCAGAGAGCAGCAGGAUCACAGGCAGCUUCUGCGGGCCAGUUCCGCUGCCAGGACUGCGGCAAAGUGUUCUCCUACAAAUCCCAGUUCAACAUCCACCGGCGCUCGCACACCGGGGAGCGGCCCUUCAAGUGCACCCAGUGCGGCCACGGCUUCAUGCAGCUCUCCGACCUGCGGGUGCACAUGCGCAUCCACCAGGGGGUGCGGCCCUACCAGUGCCCCACCUGCCAGGCCACCUUCACGCACCAGUCCACGCUGACCAGACACCUGCGCGUACACUCGCAGGACCGCCCCUUCCGCUGCGACCACUACUUCAAGGCCUUCAGCCACCAAGGCAACCUCAACGUGCACCUGCGCACCCACAACGGCCAGAAGCCCUACCUCUGCACGUUGUUUGACAAGCAAUUCCGGCAGCUGGGCACCUUCAACCGCCACUUCAAGCUGCACCACUCUCCCCAGAGCCACCAGAGGAUCCCGGCCAGGGCCCAGAGCGCAAAGCAGCACACAGACCAGACUGACUAG